AUGUGCGGUACGCAAGACCAGCUCAAUCAUCUCAAGCAACGACCCUUGGGUCGCAAACAAGACGCUCGCAAUCAUUCAUCACCAGUGAGCAAUUCAAGAAUGGCACAUCCAGCAAGAUCUACAAAACACCGCGCUGGCUACACAGGGGCGAUGCGUCGGUCGCCAAAGAGUCUGCAGCCGGUUGUCAGCUGGUACUCGGACUUUCUUGAGGAAAAGUGCGCUGAACAUGAACGCCUGGCUGCCAUGAGUGUAGAUGCUGAACAGGGGUUCCUCAGGCCUGUAUUCAGACCUGUGACUCGCGCGCCGGUACCAGCGCCAUCACCCAUCUUUCCAAUCCCCUAUCACAAAGUCGGCCCAUUGCAGCCCAUCUCGCCAACCAAGAAGCGUACUCCUGCGGAAUACUGGUCAAAUCAGCAUAGCGUGUCUUACUGGAGUACCUGGCAAUCACAUCCAGGGCUGAUAGCUCCGUCAAGGCUCAUCAACCAAACUCCAACAACCCGAACUACAAUUUGA